AUGUCGUGGGAAAACACCCAAGCGACUAUAUUAAUUGAAGGCUUUCACUUGGACAUGGGAAACGAUCACCACCGCUCAUUUCAAGAUAUUUUGAUUCAUGUCUGCGAGUACGGAACGGUCUGUUUGCGCUCCGCUUCGAUCAUAGAAACCAACGCAAAGCAACUUCCACCAGACAAGUACCAGAAGUUAGUCGAGCAAGUGAGUGAAAACGUCAAAUCGUUGAACGAUCCUAUUAGUAAAUUGUGUUCGAUAGUCGAAGCCGAGUGCGACAAUUUGGUCCACCCAUCCAUUAAAGAGUUGACAACAUCAAAGCUCGACGAUCUCAAGAAAAUUGUUGCGGAGUUCACUUCAAAAGUCAACUCCCUUACUUUCACAGAUAUUAAAAACGCCAUCUCUGAUGUUAUUCAACAAACAUUCUUGGUGAUGCAAAUCGUCAUGAGCGACACUGCAGAAACUCUUUGCGACAACUGUGACUGCAUUCAGCGAAAUAUCGAUAAACUGUUACUCCUAGAAGGUGAAGUGUUUGCCAAAGGGUGUCGGUUAGUUGCCGCGCAAAUGGUGAACGGCAUUGGGUUACCGAUGCGGGAACGUGGUGGUGAUUCCUGUAGCGAUGUUGCGAAUUGCAUCGACGCGAUAUCGGAGAGACUCUGUAAAGAAGGGGAAGUGGCAUGUGUAGCGGAGUGUAAAGCCGUCAUCGAGCGGUCCAAAGAAGUUUUUCGUAAGACUGUCAAACCGUUUAAGGUUCAGAUCAACACUGGAGUCAUCGAGAAGAGUUGUUCCUCUGCUGUCUUUCCUAUAUUUAAUGAUGCCACAAUGGCAAAUUUGGUUGACACGGAGAAGAAAGACGAAAUUGCCAAGGAGAAUUAUGUGAAGGAUUAUUACAUUGAAAACGUCAAAAAAUUGGAUAUAGUGUAUGUCGGAUUAACGAAGGGAAUUGCUCAAAACGAAUUUGAAAAUGUCGAGUUGAGUCAAUUGGUUGAUGUGAUCCACCAGAAAAUGGAGGGCCUUGAUGAAAAAUUGAACGAGGAAUGUAUCAUGAACAACCCACACCUUGCAGUCACACUCGACAACCAGAUGGACACUCAUGUUUUGUAA